UUUAUUUCUCUUUUUUCUCACCAUAAUUUUUAUAGCUUUCAAAUUUAUAAAAAUCCUUUUUUUUAAACCUCUUUUUUAAAUAAUUUAAUGUCUGUAAUUCGAAAAGAACUUGCUCAUGCAGCAAUGUCUAGGUCACAUGCAUUAAUAGAUUAUAAUAUCCAUAAUGACAUACAUAAACGACAUGAAUUUAAAAAACAAACACUUCUUGCUGAUAAUUCUCUUACAAAAGAUGAAAAAAAUUAUGCAAUAAAUUGGAUAACUAAAGGCUAUGAUCGAAAUAAAAUUAUUGAAAAUUCAGGAACAAGAAGAAUUUGUGAAAAUUGUAAUCAAAAAUGUUUAGCUACAUUAUAUUGUGAAUUUUGUGUUCGAAAUUAUUUAAAAGCAAUUGGACAUCUGGAAAUGUUAAUAUUGAUAAUUUAAUCCAGAAAUGUCAAUCGGAAACACUCUUGCCAAAUAGAAUAGUUGAAUGGAUUCCAUAUAAUAAUUUACAGAAUAUCAGGUAUUUAACAAAAGGUGGUUUUUCUGAAAUUUAUGAAGCAGUUUGGGUUGAUGGAAAAUAUGAAGAAUGGGAUUCUAAAAAACAGCAAU